UUAUUUUAUUAUUCUGUCUCAAUUCUGUUGUCCGAUAUACAGUGGCGAUUAUUAUUUACCAAAUUAUAACUCGAUAGAUAGACAUACAUACAUAUAUAUAUAUGUAUGUAAGAAGUGCUUGGGAUCCCGAACAAUCGGUAUUGGAGCUCAUGGGUCGCAACACCACCUCCAUGGCCCCACUUCUCCUCCGUAGCCUCUUCACAUCCCUCUUCCUCUUCGCUGAAAAGCCCUUCAUCAACCUCUCUGAGCGCUACAAAAUCCUCGACCUCCUCCACACCUUCAUCGUCAGCAGCUUCCUCUUCUUCCUCCGCCUCCUUUCCGCCGUCGUCCCUCUCGUCGACCUUUUUAGUUCCGGCGGCCACAGGUUCCCUUUUGUGCCCAAGGGUAAGAAGCCCGACUUCCUGCUGCAGUUGCCCGGCGGAGUCGGCGACUACGCCAUCGCCCGGGCACUCUCGCAGCUGCUGGCCAUAGUUAACACCUUGCCCGUGAGCUCCCGCAAGUACGAGGCCGCGCGGUCCUUGGCUGAGCGGCUCAUCGACGAGAACCAACAGGAGGGCACCGAGGCGCUGCGCGAGGUUAAUCGAAAGGUUCUCUCGGCUGCGUUUUCGAGGACUCUUACCCAGCUCGAAGCCGCAAUGGUGGACGGGGGCCCCGCAAGGUCGGGCGUUGUGCCGGCCGAGUACUUCUAUCUGAACCGUGGUCUGAGGGUGGUUAAGUCGCUUGGGCAUGUGGUCUGGAGCCUAGCCGGGACACCGAGGGAUGAAUUGGUCCAGGAGGGUAGCUCGGCGGAGAAGCUCGCGGCUGAGCUGGUCUGGCUGGCUCAGAAACUCGCGGCUUGCGGGUGCGCUGAGGAAGCUGUCUGCCUGUGGGCCUUAGCUUCAAAACUAUCUUGGCUUUCUGUCUCCGGCGAGCCCCGCCUGCAAGGCUUGCUUGUCAAGGUUUCAGCAUUCUUGUUCAAGCAAGCCAAGGACAUGAGAGUAGACCCAGCCAAUGGGACGGAAAAGGAACAGCAGAGGCAGACAAAGAUGAAGAUGCUGAUGUCGUGGCUCCCGCUGCUUUGCAGAGCAAGCAAUGGCACCGAUGCCCCAGUCCUAAGCCUUGGAGAAAGAGCCGAGCUCGAGAGGGUGUUGGAGGAGACCAUAGAAAUGCUGGACCAAGAAGAGGAACAAGAGCAGGUCCUGUCUCAGUGGCUCCACCACUUCAUGUACUGCCCAUCCUCGGACUGGCCUAAUCUUCAUUCCUCCUACACCCGCUGGUGCACCGCUUCUCGUAAGCUCUUGCCUCUGCCGGUGAAUGCCAACUGAAGAUUGGCCGGACUUCCAGUGACCUGGAGUAGAUCUGGGGACUCUCUUCCUCAUAGUAGAAGCAUAACUGUUAUUAGUGUCUAGUAAUUAAUCGAACCGACUCGCCAGGUUGAUGACUGUUUAUCGUAUCAUAAAUUAAUGAACAGCAUUCGACCUGGUAUUGGAUCAGCUCAUCCUGCCCGAGAGAGAGCAGCACCUCGGGAAUCCAAGACGUGCUAGCAAAGGAAAUUAUAUCAAUUAUGUGUGUAUAUAUAUAGAAGAAAGGGUUCAUACAUUAUCCUUCAGAUGAAAAUAUACACCAUGGUAUAUUUUUGGUAUAAUAACUGUACGAAUUACUUA